AUGACCGACUCAAGCUUGUGUGUCUGUCACAGAGCGAAAGAGGCUUGCGUCGUAUUAAAUUCUCCUCUGAAGUUUAUCUGGCUGAUCUUCUAUCUGGACCUGAGAGAUGAAGAAGGCACAAUCGCUCCUUUUCCAAGCGUUGACCGUGCUUGGCAUUUGGGCUUCGCUUGGACGCUGCUGCGGGCCUACGAGCCCUCCUGCUACGCGCCCUCCUGCUACGCGCCCUCCUGUUACGCGCCCUCCUGUUACGCGCCCUCCUGUUACGGUCGCUCCUGCUACGGUCGCUCCUCCUACGGGCCCUCCUGUUACGGGCCCUCCUGUUACGGGCCCUCCUGUUACGGUCGCUCCUGUUACGGUCGCUCCUGCUACGGGCCCUCCUCUUACGGUCGCUCCUGCUACGGGCCAUCCUGCUACGGGCGUUCCUGUUACGGGCCCUCCUGUUACGGUCGCUCCUGCUACGGUCGCUCCUGCUACGGUCGCUCCUGCUACGGGCCCUCCUGUUACGGUCGCUCCUGCUACGGUCGCUCCUGCUACGGUCGCUCCUCCUACGGGCCCUCCUGUUACGGGCCCUCCUGUUACGGUCGCUCCUGCUACGGGCCCUCCUCUUACGGUCGCUCCUGCUACGGGCCAUCCUGCUACGGGCGUUCCUGUUACGGGCCCUCCUGUUACGGUCGCUCCUGCUACGGUCGCUCCUGCUACGGGCCGUCCUCCUACGGGCCCUCCUGUUACGGUAGCUCCUGUUACGGUCGCUCCUACUACGGGCCCUCGUGCUACGGGCCCUCCUCUUACGGGCCCUGAUAAGAAGGUUGUAUCGCCUACUCGACGGCCCAAGUCUGCUGAGGGCUGUCAGGCACCCUGGCGGCUCAACAACCAACAUAGUUACUGCUUUGCCAAUGACUCUAAAUCUUGGGAUGAUGCCAAACGCUACUGUUCAUCCAAUGGGGGGCACCUGCUGAUAAUCCGGAGCAGCGCGGAGAGGGACUGGUUGAAAGAACAACUCGAUGGCUUUGACUACUGGAUCGGCCUGAAGAGCCCAUACCCGUGGAAGUGGAUUGACGGAACUCCUUUGAAAUCAGAACUAGCGUAAGCAGUAUAAGGAAAGCGUAAUGUAGACACGUAAAAUUUGGGUACUUCCUACUCACUCAUCACUAUAACACCCAAAAUGACAGCUGCACCCAAGGAAAAGUGCUUCUUCUUUGCUUUAUAGGGAACUGAACAGCCUUAUGUGGCGACUGCUAUUAUCAAUAAGAUGAUUGGUAAAGCACAACCGAAUCAGAAUCGAUCAAAAUAACAUCCCUCAGCGUAUCUGCUUUUUAACAGGCCGUUUAGUUAAAAAGAAUUUCUGAAAUGUUUUUUGACAGGCCGUUUUGUUAAGAAGAAUGGUUCUAGUCAAGGCUGAUUUAUGCUUCUGCGUUCCGGUGACAGCGGAGCGACGCCGUAGGCCCUACGCCAGGGUUCACUAAAUCCGGACCCUAGUGACGGGAUCUGUCGUUCACUUGAGUAAACGAAUCCAUUCCGGAUCGUUCAGUAAAAAGAUUCGUUCAAACGAAUCGUUCAACGAAUCGUUCGCCCCCCUCAUCUCCCUCCCCGUCCAAAUGAAUCGUUCGGUUACUGAACGGGAAGUGACGUUGCCGAACGAAUCACCAAAGACCGCUUCGCAGUAUAACUGAACGGGAAGUGACAUUCUUGGUCCCUCCCUCUCUUGCACAUUGACCACUCGUCGUAGUUUCAGUAAUGAGUGACAGGCAAUAUCAUUCUGCUUUCACAGACAGCCUCGUCUCCCUCCCACCCGCUGCUGCAAAAGCGAGGGAGAACUUCCGCGUCGUCUGUCCUAGUUCUAUGGGCUCAAAAUCAUGGCUCGUGCUUGCAUUUCGAUUUAGGACACGGUUAAACAUUUUCCUUUUGUGGGAGGAGUGG